AAGGGCAGAUGCAUCCUAUUGUGACUAAGGCCUAGCACGCCCCAAUCGUAGGCCACCUCAUGGUUUCCAAGAGGGAUUGGAGACGUAUAAAAGGUGUGCAGUCUCAGAGCAUCCCCAAACCUCAGCAUCUCCACGUUCCAGCCACUGGUGAACUCGGUGCACAUCCAGACCAGAAUGUAUCAUCAAAAGCAGAAGCUGUGCUGCCCCCCACCAAAGUAUUGCUGCCCCGCACCCCAGCAGUGCUGCCCCCCACCAAAGUAUUGCUGCCCUGCACCCCGGCAAUUCUGCCCACUACCAAAGUAUUGCUGCCCCGCACCUCAGCAGUACUGUCCCCCUCCGAAGUACUACUGCCCCCCACCAAAGCGGUGCUAGACCCCCCUCAGCACGCCGGGCAACCUUGCCAGUCUCCACCCACGUGCAAGGUGCCCUGUGUCCCCAAGUGCCAGCACAAGUGCCCACGCCUUCCGCAAUGCCCGAUGUCCAAGCAGAAGUACUCCCUGGCCAAGGGACCUGAGGCCAGUCUCCCUGGAGAACAGAGACCAUGAAGCCCACUGCCUUCUCUCAGCCAUCCAGCUGUGAGCGCCCCUCUCUCCCAGCUUCUGGAGGCAGCACUCUUCGGGAAAGCAGCACCAGGUUGGCAGCUUCCUGGAUCAAGAUUUCGUAUUAAUUAGCAGCUGCAAGUUCCAUCUCAGAAAAGGAUCUGGUUCUAAACCAUCUAAUCUUCUUUGCUGCCUUGUAUCAACUUUGCCCUGUCGGCUUCUUGGAAACUUAAGCAGAGUGGCGGGACAUCCUUUCCUAGCACCCUUCAUUUCUACUCCAGUUUUCCCAACUAUUACACACAAUUCCUUUGG